UGCGAUGUGUCCCCACCGGGAUUCGAACCCGGGACCUCUGGAUCGUGAGCCCAACGCUCAAACAACUGGACCACGGAGGCCGUAUAUAACACAAGACUAGAACGUGUUAAAAAUGCCUGAAGAAUCGGAAGUUCGCGCGUUUUACACGGGCAAAAACUUCUUUAUAACCGGAGGCACUGGGUUCGUCGGAUUAUGCCUUAUUGAAAAAAUAUUAAGAAGUAUUCCCGAUGUUGGCAAAGUCUACCUACUUAUGAGGCCUAAGAAAGGCAAGGAAAUCUCGCAAAGGCUUGAGGAAUUCCCAAAGAAUCUGGUCUUCGAGAAACUCCUGGAAACCAACACGACAGAUGUAUUCAAGAAACUCAUCCCAAUAUCCGGUGACGUCGGACAAGAGAACCUCGGGCUCAGUGCACAGGACCGCCAAGUCUUGGUGGACAAUGUGGAUGUGGUCAUCCAUUCUGCAGCCACCCUGGAUUUCCAAGAGAAUCUACGGCCUACAGUUAAUAUUAACUUGUUGGGGACGAGACGGGUUAUGGAGUUGUGCCAACAGAUGAAGAAUUUGAAGGUAAUGGUGCACGUGUCAUCGGCGUACGUGAACUCGUAUUUAACUGAAGCUCAUGAGAAGGUGUACGAGGCUCCGGAAGACGCUGAGAAGGUCAUCUCGCUGGUCGGGACACUGACCGACGAGUCGCUCGAUCAGAUUGAACCUAAGCUGCUUAAGACCCACCCCAACACGUACACGUUUACAAAGCACCUGGCUGAGCACGAGGUGGUCAAAUGCUCCGAUAAGUUCCCCUGCACCAUCGUCAGACCUACCAUGAUUGUGGCUGCAUGGAAGGAGCCAGUUCCUGGUUGGACCUGCUCGAAGGUUGGACCUCAAGGAUUCAUGAUGGGAGCUGGAAAAGGAGUAGUUCGUCGUCUCCCUCUGGCCAAGGAGAACAUAGCUGACUACAUCCCCGUGGACGUUGUCGUCAAUGAACUGCUGGUGGCCGGGUGGCAGGCAGCCAAGGCCAAAUCCGGUCUGUCGGUGUACCACUGCUCAUCAUCAACCUGCCGUCCAUUCGCGUGGGCCAUGUUGGAAAACCAGGUUAACGGCAUGCUGCAUAAGUACCCCUUGAAGGGGGCCGUGUGGUACCCACAUUUGAAGUUCGUACCGUCCCUGUUGCUGUUCCGUAUCUCCGCUAUAUUCGUGCACUUCUUCCCGGCCAUCCUGCUGGACAUGCUGCUCAGGUUGACUGGCGGGAGACCCAUUCUUUUCCGCCUCCACAAGAACGUGUGGAGCUCCCUUGGCCGCCUGGAGCGCUUCAUAUUCGCCGAAUGGAAAUUCCACAACCCCAACACUGUAGAGCUGGCUCGCAAACUGAACCAGACUGAUCGAGAACUGUUCAAUAUUGACAUCUCUACGCUUCACUGGGAGGAAUACUUCACCAAGCUGCUGCUUGGUGUACGGAGGUACCUGAACAGAGAGGAGGAGAAGACAUUACCGGCUGCUAGAAGCAAGGAUUCCAUGCUGCUGGUCUUCCACAUAAUCUGGCAGAUCCUGGUGAUCGCGCUGCUGUGGUACGUGGUGGCGUGUGUCACAGGGCUCACCAUGACGCAGAGCGCCUGGGCUGCCCCCGCCAUAUACAUCCUCUACACUUGCUUGUAAAAUAGCACAUGUUACGUAGCAUCGCGCCUGUCUCCCCAAAGUGGUAGGCAGAUCUUUUACUUUUUCCGACGUGACUUAUUGUUGAUAUGCCGUAAACAGGAGGCGGUAUGGAGCAUACUCCACCACGCUGCUCCACUGCGGGUUUAUUCUACUUGAUAUUACCUCAGAAUCAUUAGAUGAAUCAUCAGCCUCGGUAUUGGGUACGGUAUCAAUUACAGCGUGUAUACUGUACACCUGCCUACCCUCCGGGGAUACUGGCGUGAUGGUAUGUUAUGUUGUUGUUAUGUUUGAAAUUGACCUUAGAGCCUCGUAUCCACUAGGCAACAAUAAACGCGCAACAUGUAACGCUCAACAUCUACGGGAACGUUGCACAACAGCGCGCAACGUUCCACAACGGCGCGCAACGUUGCCAGCUGAAGCGCAUGAAUUGAAUUUUGAAUUUGAAAUGAAUUUAACGUUGGACCAACUUUAACAGACUUCAAAGAAUGGAGGAGAUAUUUAUCUCAUAAUAAAAGUGUCAAUCUCAAAAUUAGUAUUUUAUAACAAGGUAUGAAAGAUAGUAUGUAAUUGUACGUAAUAUAUUUUUAUAGUGAAUAAUAAAUAAUUCACUAACACAGUUGGCUCGACCAUUAUAGACGGCGAUACGGCUCACCUAUCACGUUGGUCUAACAGAUAGCUCGGUGAGGUGUGGGUACUUAGUUCAUCUUGCGAUGUACCUCUGACUACCCCAAUUAGGAUAUAGUCAUGAGCCUAUGUGUUGUGAAUAAAUAUUGUAACAGACAUGUCAUAAAGAUAUUUUUUGAAUUAAAAGGGUUUAUAGUAUUAAUUUAGUAACUAUAAGGUGCCGAUUCCUUAACUACGAACUUAAUUUUAUUUCAGUUAGAUAAUUUUAAAACUUGACAGAUUGAGCCGUGGUAUGUGCUAUCGCCAAAGGAUGUUAAUCGGGGUACCGAACAUAGCAUAGUACCCCGCUAAUCACAAGUUGGUAGUGUGACUAGGGAUCGACCAUCCACUUGAGUCAUAUUGGAUGUUGUAUAUAUGCGUCUCGCUGUGUAAACUUCGAUAGCGCGUUUCAGGACUGCUUCAAGACUGCAUUAUUGAAUGUGGCGCCAUCUGUUGCAUGCGGGCGGAACUAGCUGGCCAACUAGUUGGGUCUGCUACAGCCCAGUUGGAAGAAAGCUCGACUCACUGUGAGGUCGUAGGUUCUAAUCCCAGCACAGAGGCCUUAUUUUUGAAUCGCUCUCCUUUAACGCGUGCGAAAAUAUACACCUGUCUCAUCUUGCUAAUGACAAGCUCUGAUGUGCUGCGUGAAAUGGGUAUACAUUCUCGAACGUGACUUGAAGGCGCGCAAUUCAAAAGUAACCAAUAGUUUUCCAAUUAAUGUUUAUCACGUGUUCAACGGUGAAGGAAAACAUCGUGAGCAAACCCACAUUCCCGAGAAAUGCGUUUCGGUAUGACCUAACCUGUAUUGGGCUGGUUUUCUUUUCGCGGCUUGGAAGGUCAGACAGGCAGUCGCUUCUGUAAAACACCGGACCUGUCAAAUGUUAAGGUUAGGUAAGCGGACCCUGUGAAACACGAGGUAAAGCUAUGACAGUUUUAAAACUAGCUUUAUUUCUUUCUUACACUUGUCAUAAGUAAAGGACGACACUAGUUUUAGAGCUGUACUGAAAUAAAAUUCACUUUUGUCUGCGAGAAUCGGCACCUACAAAUAUUAUAUGUAAGUAAAACUGAAUUUUAUAUAAUUUUGUACGACAUUCCAGUGGAUUGGGUUGCUUUGAUUUUUUAAAUAAAUAUAUAAAAACCUGUUUUG